GAACUGCACACGGGUCACGUGAUCGGGGACAGUGAACGCGGAAGAGGGCCGGUGGCAACAACACGGCGCGUGGAGCGGAUACAGUUGGUUGUGGGGGUGCGCGGAGAUGUCGGCAGGACCCCCCCCGAGUCUCGUGGUCUUCUCCCACUGCGGCCCCCGCGUGGUGGUGGGGGUGCGGGUGCCCCCGCUGUGUCCGCUCUGCGGGGCAUCCCUCGAGGGGGUCCCCCUCUCCGAGCCCCCCGUGAGCCUCCGAGCCCCCCUCUCCAGCGCCCACAGCUCCCCACAUCAGCUGGCCGUGCGGCCCACGCGGGGGGACUUCCUCACUGAUUACCACGAAGGAGUGGAUCUGCACGUUGGCAUCAGCGACUCCCAAGGUGGGGUGUUCCACUUCUGGGAGGGGGGCGUUUCUCGCGAUGCCUGUGGAUGGGGGUCCUGCGUCUGUGUGCCCCUGCUCGAUUGCAUCGCACCCCAGGGGUCUGAGGAGCCCUGGGGUGGAGGGUGGGGGGCUUGGGGGUGGGGGCUCGGGGGGGGCUGGGGGGCCGGUAACCCCCUCUGGGACUCGCAUUUGGAGGCCAUGGCCCAGAGCGUGGAGUGGAGCAGCGAGAGCUACGAGGAGCUCGCCCACAACUGCUUCGACUUCGCCCUCGCGUUCCUCGCCCUCGUGCAGCAGCGGCUGGCGCCGCCCGCGAGGGGCAGCCCCACGGAGCCCACCACGGGACGCACACAACCCACAUCGCGAGAGAGGUGGCGAGAGGAGGAGAGUGGAGGGAGGGGGGUGAGGAGGAGGAGGAGGAGCGAGGAGGGAGUGAGUGACUCGGCGAGUGUGUCGGCGAGUGACGCGGCGAGUGACGCGGCGAGUGGCUCUCUGAGUAACUCUGCGAGUGACUCCUCUGCGAGUGUUCCGGGGAGGGAGCGAGCCAGGCUACGGCUGGUGGAGCGAGUCCUCGUGCCAGCGACACGCCGCGUCUCCCGCUACCUCACCGUGCUCGCCCACGUGCUCGCCCACGGCUACUACCUCGCCUCGGAGCUCCCCCCUGACACGUAACCCCCUGACCCAACCUCCAUCCCCCCCCCCCCCCAUCGUCUCCUGUCUCUCCCUCUCUUGCUCUGCACGCGGCGCAAGACCCAGAAUUCCCGUCUUGUGUCAGACUUGUUCCCAUCUCGCGCGAUUUUGCAGGUGAAAUGUGAAAUUUUGUGAAAGUAAAACAAAUGAAACCGCUAAUAAGGAUGAUGAUGAC